CGACUGCAUUGUCCGAUUGAGACCAGCAUGGUAUUCUCCAACAGACAAUGAAGGAUAUACGACACCUUUCUACGUAUAUUACUGAGAGAUAUAUUCGGUUUUAAACUAUAUAAACCAGCGAGAUAGAGAGAGUACGGCAGCUAAGAAAACAUGUUCCCGCGAGACUUUGCGUGGGGAGCGGCAACAUCUGCGUACCAAAUAGAAGGUGGAUGGCAAACCGAUGGAAAGGGACCAAGCAUUUGGGACACAUUUUGUCAUGGAAAAGGUCGAGUUUUUGGAAAUCAAAAUGGAGAUGUGGCCUGUAACAGCUAUGAGCUGUGGGAGAAAGACCUGGAAUGCAUCCAACAGCUUGGCCUGACGCACUAUCGCCUGUCUCUGUCUUGGGCACGCCUCCUGCCUGAUGGGACAACGCAAAAUGUCAACCAGAGAGGUGUGCAGUACUAUAACAGAGUGAUAGAUGACUUGCUGGCAUGCAAUAUAUCUCCAAUGGUCACUCUGUACCACUUUGACCUGCCCCAAGCAAUUCAAGACCUUGGAGGAUGGAAAUCACCUGAUAUAGCAACUCUCUUUGAUAACUACGCCAAGUUUUGCUUCCAGACGUUUGGGGAUCGGGUCAAACUCUGGAUCACCAUCAAUGAGCCACAAGUUUGUGCCAAACUAGGUCACGAAGUUGGUAUCCAUGCCCCGGGGUUGAAAGAAAAAGGCACCGCUGCUUACCUGGUGGGGCACAACAUGCUGCGAGCUCACGCCAUGGCUUGGCACAGCUACAGCUCCACGUACAGGAUAACGCAGAAUGGUGCAGUGUCUUUGGCCCUCAACAGCGACUGGCUUGAGCCUUUAGAGCCAGGUCGUAGUGAGGACGUCACCUCUGCUGAACGUGACCUCAUCUUCACUCUGGGGUGGUUUGCCUGGCCUGUGUUUGUUACCGGAGAUUAUCCAGAAUUGAUGAGAUUUUCCAUAGAAACUCAGUCCAAGAUGAUGGGAUACAGUGAUGACUUGAGGCUCCCCAGGUUUUCAAUCGAUGACCCUCCCAUUUUAGGAACUGCUGACUUCUUUGCACUGAACUAUUACACAUCCCGGAAGGUCAAGUCAGGCGGAUGCAACGAUCAGAUGUUGAGUAUGAAGAGGGACUUGGAUGCAGAAGAGGUUUUAGAUCCAUCCUGGCCCAUUUGUGGGGUGUCAUGGUUGGCUGUUGUCCCAAAUGGCUUAAGGAAACUUCUUAAAUAUAUAAAGGAUGUCUUCAACAACCCGACAAUCUACAUUACGGAGAAUGGUUUCGCUCAGGUCGGCCGGCUGCAAAUUGAGGAUGUUGAACGAUGCAAGUUUUACAAAAGCACCAUUUUGGAAGUGGCUAAAGCUGGAGGCCAUUUUCCUCGCAUCCUGAAUUUGUGCCCCCACCACUAACAGCACAUUAUACAAGUGGAUAAACGCCUUACAGUGGCACACCCGACACUUCGGAGCGCUGUCGCCACUUCCUGCAGUGGUGUAAGAAGCAUGACAUUGGAGUUAUAAGAAGAUGCUGUGGGAGAGAGACCUUUUCGUGAUUGAUGGAUUUUGGUGGCAGAGACAAAACUGAGGGGGGGUUAAAGCUACCAGGCCUCGAAGACCUAAUGCCAGUCCCAUACUGAGAGCCUUGUAGAAGCAGAGAGAAUAAACGGAAAGGAAGACAAUUUAAGUCCUUUGUUUUAAGUCCCCUCCCUCAGGGAGAGCAGAUGACCCUGCUAAUGACUGUCAAAACUCCCAACUCCCUUGAGUGUGAUGGUGCUGCGCUGUGGGAGGGGGUUCACAGACCUGCCUGAAAAAUUGAAAGCUCCUGGAAUAUUCAGCCCUCCUUGGGCGCUCCGCUGGGGGUGCAGAUUCAGAGAUUGGUAUUCUGGGUGGGAAAUGUGCAUGGUGGGUAAACUCAGCAGUGAUAGCGAUGGAAAACCCCCCCUCUGAGCGGUGUGUGUGUGUGUGUGUUGUGGUGACCAUUCAUCCUAAUGCUGUGUUUCAUGAGAAAACUUCAGGAGCGUAUAUGCGUGCAAAAGCAGGGAAGCAACUUUAUAAAACCUUUAGAGCUGAGGUGACCAUACCUAUUAGACUGGAUGGUUAACAGAUUUGGACGCAAGCAGAGAGACUCGUGGCGUGGACAUGCCUCCAUGCUCCCAAACCCCAAAUACAGAAAAUCAUCAAUAAAGACUAAAAUUUUCAUAAAUUUAAGAAAA